GAUCCGCGAACCACUACUUAAGCCAUAGCGUUCCGGAUUAUAUCUGUAGAUCAAUCAGCCUAGACCGCACGAGCCUCUUGUUUGAACAACCCUGCCAGCUUGCUUUGAUUCUACUCAUCACAUAAUUCAAAAACAGCCAUGCGCUUCUCAACAUCUGCUUUGGCGGGUGCCGUCUUCUUCGCCUUCUUUGCUGACGCGCGCUAUCAUGACUCCUGCACUUGCCACAACGGCGGAACUUACAACUGGCGUCUGACCACCAAAGCAUGCGAUUCGGAGAGGGCCUUGCUCGCUCAACUUAAAAGUUGGGGAAGCGUCCAAUAUGACACACCCAGCGGAAGGUGUCGGUCGGUUGGAGUCAAAGAUCUGAUCUCUGGUGAUGAUUUUGAAACGCUCUGCAAGGCUGUUGCGUCGCAAGUCGGCUUCCCGUGCGCGUUCGACAACUCACUGACAUGCUAUGCCGACCCGGACGCCGUUUCCUCUUGGUGCGAUUAGGCGAUGUUGAGCUGGUGGCGGACACUCGGCGGAGCGGCCCCGCCAAUAUCGAAUACGAGGCUUCAAGACUGUAUUGGAAAGUGAUGGAGGAGCGAGACUUUGCCGUGCAGGCUAUCACUCGGCAAGAACACUACAACGGUACGGGAACGGAUAUUCAUGUCAUUAUAAAUGCUGCACAAACUAUGUAAUUUUACUAUUACCACUAGGACAGACGCAGGACUGGGUCAUCUUCUUAGCCUCGAGGAAUAAGCUCCAUCAGCUGCUGUGCUGUUGUCCCAAAUUUCUUCUUUCC